GAGUCAAGUGCACAAGACUUAUCCGAAGACACGAUCUGGACAAAAGACUUCGACCAUGGAACAACUUGCGUCUCAAAUUCUUGCAACCAUCGAAAGGCUGGGCGGUACCUCGAUCGGCUCCUGAGGAAAAGAAACUGACGGGAGGUAUGGCGAGCAACAUGGUCAGUUUUGGAGCUGAAUUCGAGGACUACGUACAACGGAACAGAGCACUUAUUGGAGCACCCUCUGAGUUUUACGGAUUUGGACCGGAUGAGCGACGGUGCAACAAAGUCUGCAAGCAGGGAAACGUUUAUUUUGGCUGAGCUGAUUGAAACGGAAAAGGCUUACGUGCAAGACCUGCGAGAGUGCAUUGACACUUACAUGAGGGAGAUGUUAACCCAAGAGGAGGAGAUCCCUGCGGGACUCAACAAUAUGGAGGACGUCAUCUUCGGGAACUUGAUGGAGCUGUAUGAAUUCCAUCAUAAGAUCUUCCUCAAGGAACUGGAAAAACAUGAAAGCGUCCCUGAAGAUGUCGGACGUUGCUUUGUCAAAUGGGCUGAGAAGUUCCAGUUAUAUGUGGACUACGGCAAGAACAGUGACAAGUCCACUCGGCUCAUCAUGGAGCAUACUGUCAACUAUUUUAAUAAAAUUCAGUGGAAACACGGACUAGCAUUCUCGUUACAAUCUUUCCUGCUUAAGCCAAUCCAGAGAAUGACAAAAUAUCCACUCCUGUUAAAGAAGCUCCUUGAGUGCUGUGAAGAUGGGAAAGGAGUACUCAAGGAAGCCCUGGAGGUGACUCUCAGCAUUCUGAAGAGAGCCAACGAUGCCAUUCAUUUCUCCGUUCUGGAAGGUUUUGAUGAGGGCGUUGAAUCCCAAGGUGAGCUGCUCCGACAGGAGUCGUUCAAAAUGUGGGAUUCAAAAUUGCCAUUUUGCAGGGGGAAGAAUAUACACCUCUUUCUCCUGAAAAAUUCCUUGGUGGUCUGCAAGGUGGCCAAGGAUGACAAAGGCAUGAAGAAAUACAUUUACAAGAGAAAAAUAAACCUAGCUGAUGUAACGCUGACAGAACACCUACGGGGAGACCCUGGCAAGUUUGUCCUUAGGGUGGGCCGCACCUUGAUGUCGCACAAAAGAAUUGUUCUUAAGGCGUCAAUUGUUCAAACCGAGCUGGACUGGAUCGAGCAUAUCCGGAAGCUAAACAAGGAGCACACCCUCCACCUGACGGGGACACUCAAAGAGCCGAUCGGAAUUCCAAAAGCCAUCACAGCAAAUCUCUGCAAGAGCCAAAGGAAGUCAGGGAAACUUCUAUCCAAUUCUGUGGCUUCUUGGUUUAAAAAAAGUUCAAAAAGUGGAACCUUGAUAAAUGAGUGACUUGACUUCAAGGCAUUGUUUUGCCAUUUAUUUAUUGUAGACUUAAGGGUGUAUGUUGGAGACAUUUGUGCAGUGACUUUAACCCAAUUUAGACUGACACAAAUAGUCCACAAUUCUUUAAAAAAAACAACAACAACAACGUAUGUAUAGCAAGUGACUUACAUCUCUGAAAUUGAGCAAGAAAAGAUUGAAAACAGAAUUGUUGUGUUUUAUCGUUUCGAUCGCUUCGAGGAUUCCAUUAAAGUGGCUCGGCGUCCGUUUUUGUUGUUUUUUGAUA